UUGUUUACCCAGAUUAUAAGAAAUAUUUUUUAAAUAAAUAAAAAUAAUUUGUUAUAAUUUAUUUUAGGAAAAUGCAUUAAUUAAACUAUAGAAGACAAAAAUGUUAAAAAAUAAGUAAAUUUAUUACUUCAGUGGCAUUUAAAUGUAAAUAACUUUGAAAACUAAGGGACAAUUUAUGUUGGUACUUCUUUUUUAAUAAUAGAUAUAUUUCUUAUUAUAUUGUUUAAAUAUCUUAUUUAUAAUCUUUCAAGUUAUAAACGGAAAUUUAGAUCAAAGCAGUUUCCGUUAGACUUAACUUUUUCCAUAAAUGGCAAGUACUUUUUGAACGCGGGGAGGCGUGGAGCAUGCGUUACAUUUACUCAAAUCACACAACCUAGAAUAAGUAUUGGGUUUAAAUCGACUUCUAUAGAAUCCAGAUCGAUCUUUUGGUUAGUGAAGUUUUGAAUCAUUUAAAAAUCGGCAUAAGUUCAGUUCGAAUUUGGGUUGAUCCCUAUCAGUUUUAAGUUUGUUUGGGUUUCAGUGUUAAAUUGGUUUUGUUCGGAUUUUUUUUUCUUUAUUGGUUCGGGUUUUGGAUCUUAAUAAAAGGGACUUGAUAAAAUCCACAUGACUUACUUAUGUGUUGAUAGAAAAAUACACAUGACUAGUAGUAAUGUGUUGAAUCAUCUUUUUCCUCUUUACAAACAUUUCAAUCUUCAACAUAACUAUAGCAUACAUAAUCAUAUAUUCCUAUACAUAUCGGUGACUGGUCCAACAAAAAUACAAUAUUCAAGGAGGAGAUAACUAUCAUCUUCUCUGUAGGGCCGUUCGUGACAAAAGAGUGAUGUAUAUGUGCUAAAUAAAGGCACAUGUCAUAAUUCGUAAGAUAUUUUCAAGAUAUCCAAUCCAUGAAAUGUGCAAACAAAAGUGACGUUGACAAAGAAAAAUAUCCAUACAUGACUACAUGUUUUUUUCUUACAUCAAAAAUGAGAUUAUCAUGUACCAUUUCGAUUUCGAGCCCCAAAUAGGCCCAUACAACGAUAACUUCAAAGAGGAAUUAGAAAUGGGUUUGGGCCCAUAUUGCAAGCUUGAGUAGUGGUCAGCGACAGAUUGAUACUUGAAUCGAUUCCAGAGUCUUAUCGAUUUCUGCUUUUACACGACUCGCGGGUUUAUUCCGGUUGUGGGGGUUUCGGUUAUAAUAAAAGACUAGAAGGGGUGUGAGGAAGAAACCCUAAAUCGCCAUGGAUAAGGAGAGAUACAGGAGCACCAGGGACUAUCGCGAUCGUGAUUCGAGUGCGGAUCGUUCGCCGGAACGCGAAGCCGGACGCCGCCAUCGCAAUGGAGAUUCAAAGCGUCGCGAUUCAGAUCACCACCUGUCAUCGAGGCGCGACGAUAGGGAGGAUGAGAGAGAUAGAGCUCGGGAGAGAAGGAGAUCUGUUGAGCGUAGCCCUGAAGCAAAUCCACGAGAUUACAAUUGCUAUGAUAUCCAACACUUCGAUGCCUACCAUUUUUUUCUAAAUGGAUAAGUUAUGAGAUACGUAUCAAACCCACAUGCAUUGACUACAAACAUGGGAUGACACCACACACCUUGUGUGCCUCUUUAAAAUAUACCUUAGGCGCACACUGAUUGCUAAACCCUAAUUCUAGGAUCUCCAAACAAUCUCUUUUUUUUUUCUUAUAAGAAUAAGGAAGUCUUUUCUCAUCUUAAAUAAAAUAUUCAAAAUGAUUAUUCAGCUCAGGAGCCACGUCCUGGCUUGUCCACCGGUGACCCUAAGUCGUUGUUCUCGUCUGUACUACAGUAUGAGUAUGACAUGUGUCAAGCUCACAUGCAUUGACUAUCAACCGACAGCAACAUAACAUUGCUAUCUACAAACACCUGCAAUAUUCAUAGAACAUUAUCACCACAGAUCUACAAUUUUUUUAUGGUGCGAUGACACCACACACCUUGUGUGCCUCUCUGAAAUAUACCCUAGACGCAUGGCUUUUUUUUUUUCUGUUGGUAUAGACUUCAAACACGCUAUUUAAAAUGGUGUAACCUAGUCCAUACAGACUGUGAAUCAUAUCCCAAUUUUAAAUAGUGUGUUUGAAGGCUAUAAGUCUAAUUUCUCAUUUAUAUCUACAUCAAUGAUAGUUUAUAUAUAUUUUACAAACUGAAUACACUCGUUUAAAACUUUGGAGUAAACUUUCUUCAGUAUUACAAAUAUAUACAACCAAGAGUCUAUGCAGCAGUGAAUGGAUUUACGACGACGCUGGUCCCCCAAAUUUCACUCAUUUGUCACACCAUAGUCACAGAUUGAGACUCAUGGCGAUGUUAUUGGAUUUUUGGUUGUACAAAAUUUAGGUAAUUUAAUUCGAACUUAUUUUACUUGGCUGAUUGAAGGAUCUUAGCAACCUCAUUUCUCGAACAUGUAUAAACUAUAUAUUAACUAUACUAAGUAUAUUAAAAAGGUCAAACCUAAAACCCACAUAUAUAACUAAAAACGUCAAACCUCAAACCAAUUAGUGAUAAGUUGAUUAACAAAUUUUUUAUAUAUAUUUUAAGAAUACCAAGUUGAUUGUAUUAGUUAGGAAAACUUCAAACCCCGGAAAUUGAAUUACAAAAAUUGAACUUUGGUUUUGUUUUGUGUUACUAAAUAAUCUAAAUCAAAUAAAUAAGAGAUUCCUUGGUAGAUUAUUUACCAUUAAUAAUGUUUAUAAAUUAUGAAAAAAAAUUAAAAUUUUAUUUAUUAAUUAUUGAAAUAUUCACUAGGAGAUGAAUAACUAAGUGUUAUAAAGGGCACAUGUUCAACAUAUAGAAGCCAACGUGGAAGAAAGCUGGAGAAAGUUGACAGUUUUAGUGAUUAUAUGUGUAGAUAUAUAAAUAGCUUUGAUAUUCUUAAGAUAAAUUUCUACAUUUUUAUUAUAUAUUAAUCAGUAUAUGUCAGAACUUUAACAAAUAUUAGUUUAAAAAUAGUAAAAGAUUCAGAAUGUUCUAAUAUUAUGAAAUAUCCAACAAUUAAUCUUAUCAUGCCUAAAAUAUAACACAUUCACUUACUAGUGCAAGAAUCUGAGGAUAUCAAAGGAAACAAAAAUCAUAUCUUUCUAAUAAAUGCAAAGUCUUCAUUACAAUCCACAAUGCAACACAACUUAUUGUUAUUAUAUAUAAUCCUUAAUAACACACUAUUAUUUACAACACAACUAUUGUAUAUCAUUUAGUCCAAUAGUCAUAUAUCUUUGUGUGCUAACUCAUGGCAGGUACUGAUCUAUAUCCAGAUGCCCCGUUCGACCCAAAGAGCGAAAGGAACAUCUUCAUUACGUUGACAGAAUCAGAGAUAGGUUUAAGUAAUACGAUAACGAUGUCGAAAGAGUUACUAGAAGCAAAUGUAUUUAUUUAUCUUCCUAGCAAGGAUGUCACAGGAUUGAUACAACACAACGAGGCAAUUCUUAUGGAUGUUUUUGAUUAUGAUACUAAGAUUACAACUACUCAUAUCAUAAGAAAAGAUGGAGAUAAAGAUUUCAAAUUUCAUGGAUGGAAUACGGUACUCCAAGGAAAACAUUUCAGGACAGGUGAUACUAUUGUGUUUUGGUGGGAUGUCUUUCACUUAAGACUUAAUUUCAAGCAAUUCAUGUUUUCUUUUGUAUAAAUACAUUCCUAUUCGCUGCUUCAUUUAAUGUUGUUGUUUUCUAUUUGAAUUAUGUUUCCAAAGCUCAUGUUGUAAUUCAAAAGUUAUAAAUAAAGCCAUUUAGCCUUAAGAUGAUAUUUCUAAUCUAAUUAAGGUAGAGAGUGGAGAGUGGAAACAACCGUCUUUUGUUGUUCACAUGAAUGCAGAGUUACCGAUUUGGUUUGCGGAGUCUUCAUGAAUUUGUUUAUGUUGAUGAAAAAAAACAAUAAUAAUAAAAAGGUGUUAAAAAAUGUGUGCUUUCGUAAAGAGAGCUAAAUAAAUCCCAAUUAAAACAAAAAUAUAUUUGACAUUUUAUCCAUCAAAAUAUGUAUUUAGUAUUUAUGAGAAAAGAAAAGGUAAAUCAAAGUUUUGAAAUAUAAACAAUUGUAUAAAAAAUUUAAGUGAAACAAUUGUAUCAAUUUGUGAGUUUGUACUAAUAAGUGACAUUGCCUGUUAAGAUUUUGGAUCCUGGAAAAUCCCCUAUAUAUUAAUUGAGGAUCAUUAAAAAAGUUGUAAUCUUAAGUUUGUACUAAUUAAAAAGUUAGGUUACGUGGCAACUUAAGAAUCAAUUGAAAAAUAUUGGUCUACAUCCAAUUACUAGAGGACAUUAUAUUAACCCAAAAUAUAAAAAAAAGUGUAUUCUUUCUUUCAAUAAAAGCUAUGAAACUUUCUAAUAUGAUUAACAUAUAUAUCGCAAUUAAUGACUAUAAAUAAUAAAUAGUUGAUAAAAAAAAUUGCGACAACGACGCUGGUCUAUGCAGCAGUGAAUGGAUUUACUCUUGGUCUCCCAAAUUUCACUCAUUUGUCACACCGUAAUCACAGUUUGAGACUCAUGGCGAUGUUAUUGGAUUUUUGGUUGUACAAAAUUUAGGUAAUUUAAUUCGAACUUAUUUUGCUUGGCUGAUUGAAGGAUCUUAGCAACCUCAUUUCUCGAACAUGUAUAAACUAUAUAUUAACUAUACUAAGUAGAUUAAAAAGGUCAAACCUAAAACCCACAUAUAUAACUAAAAACGUCAAACCUCAAACCAAUUAGUGAUAAGUUGAUUAACAAAUUUUUUAUAUAUAUUUUAAGAAUACCAAGUUGAUUGUAUUAGUUAGGAAAACUUCAAACCCCGGAAAUUGAAUUACAAAAAUUGAACUUUGGUUUUGUUUUGUGUUACUAAAUAAUCUAAAUCAAAUAAAUAAGAGAUUCCUUGGUAGAUUAUUUACCAUUAAUAAUGUUUAUAAAUUAUGAAAAAAAAUUAAAAUUUUAUUUAUUAAUUAUUGAAAUAUUCACUAGGAGAUGAAUAACUAAGUGUUAUAAAGGGCACAUGUUCAACAUAUAGAAGCCAACGUGGAAGAAAGCUGGAGAAAGUUGACAGUUUUAGUGAUUAUAUGUGUAGAUAUAUAAAUAGCUUUGAUAUUCUUAAGAUAAAUUUCUACAUUUUUAUUAUAUAUUAAUCAGUAUAUGUCAGAACUUUAACAAAUAUUAGUUUAAAAAUAGUAAAAGAUUCAGAAUGUUCUAAUAUUAUGAAAUAUCCAACAAUUAAUCUUAUCAUGCCUAAAAUAUAACACAUUCACUUACUAGUGCAAGAAUCUGAGGAUAUCAAAGGAAACAAAAAUCAUAUCUUUCUAAUAAAUGCAAAGUCUUCAUUACAAUCCACAAUGCAACACAACUUAUUGUUAUUAUAUAUAAUCCUUAAUAACACACUAUUAUUUACAACACAACUAUUGUAUAUCAUUUAGUCCAAUAGUCAUAUAUCUUUGUGUGCUAACUCAUGGCAGGUACUGAUCUAUAUCCAGAUGCCCCGUUCGACCCAAAGAGCGAAAGGAACAUCUUCAUUACGUUGACAGAAUCAGAGAUAGGUUUAAGUAAUACGAUAACGAUGUCGAAAGAGUUACUAGAAGCAAAUGUAUUUAUUUAUCUUCCUAGCAAGGAUGUCACAGGAUUGAUACAACACAACGAGGCAAUUCUUAUGGAUGUUUUUGAUUAUGAUACUAAGAUUACAACUACUCAUAUCAUAAGAAAAGAUGGAGAUAAAGAUUUCAAAUUUCAUGGAUGGAAUACGGUACUCCAAGGAAAACAUUUCAGGACAGGUGAUACUAUUGUGUUUUGGUGGGAUGUCUUUCACUUAAGACUUAAUUUCAAGCAAUUCAUGUUUUCUUUUGUAUAAAUACAUUCCUAUUCGCUGCUUCAUUUAAUGUUGUUGUUUUCUAUUUGAAUUAUGUUUCCAAAGCUCAUGUUGUAAUUCAAAAGUUAUAAAUAAAGCCAUUUAGCCUUAAGAUGAUAUUUCUAAUCUAAUUAAGGUAGAGAGUGGAGAGUGGAAACAACCGUCUUUUGUUGUUCACAUGAAUGCAGAGUUACCGAUUUGGUUUGCGGAGUCUUCAUGAAUUUGUUUAUGUUGAUGAAAAAAAACAAUAAUAAUAAAAAGGUGUUAAAAAAUUUGUGCUUUCGUAAAGAGAGCUAAAUAAAUCCCAAUUAAAACAAAAAUAUAUUUGACAUUUUAUCCAUCAAAAUAUGUAUUUAGUAUUUAUGAGAAAAGAAAAGGUAAAUCAAAGUUUUGAAAUAUAAACAAUUGUAUAAAAAAUUUAAGUGAAACAAUUGUAUCAAUUUGUGAGUUUGUACUAAUAAGUGACAUUGCCUGUUAAGAUUUUGGAUCCUGGAAAAUCCCCUAUAUAUUAAUUGAGGAUCAUUAAAAAAGUUGUAAUCUUAAGUUUGUACUAAUUAAAAAGUUAGGUUACGUGGCAACUUAAGAAUCAAUUGAAAAAUAUUGGUCUACAUCCAAUUACUAGAGGACAUUAUAUUAACCCAAAAUAUAAAAAAAAAGUGUAUUCUUUCUUUCAAUAAAAGCUAUGAAACUUUCUAAUAUGAUUAACAUAUAUAUCGCAAUUAAUGACUAUAAAUAAUAAAUAGUUGAUAAAAAAAAUUGCGACAACGACGCUGGUCUAUGCAGCAGUGAAUGGAUUUACUCUUGGUCUCCCAAAUUUCACUCAUUUGUCACACCGUAAUCACAGUUUGAGACUCAUGGCGAUGUUAUUGGAUUUUUGGUUGUACAAAAUUUAGGUAAUUUAAUUCGAACUUAUUUUGCUUGGCUGAUUGAAGGAUCUUAGCAACCUCAUUUCUCGAACAUGUAUAAACUAUAUAUUAACUAUACUAAGUAGAUUAAAAAGGUCAAACCUAAAACCCACAUAUAUAACUAAAAACGUCAAACCUCAAACCAAUUAGUGAUAAGUUGAUUAACAAAUUUUUUAUAUAUAUUUUAAGAAUACCAAGUUGAUUGUAUUAGUUAGGAAAACUUCAAACCCCGGAAAUUGAAUUACAAAAAUUGAACUUUGGUUUUGUUUUGUGUUACUAAAUAAUCUAAAUCAAAUAAAUAAGAGAUUCCUUGGUAGAUUAUUUACCAUUAAUAAUGUUUAUAAAUUAUGAAAAAAAAUUAAAAUUUUAUUUAUUAAUUAUUGAAAUAUUCACUAGGAGAUGAAUAACUAAGUGUUAUAAAGGGCACAUGUUCAACAUAUAGAAGCCAACGUGGAAGAAAGCUGGAGAAAGUUGACAGUUUUAGUGAUUAUAUGUGUAGAUAUAUAAAUAGCUUUGAUAUUCUUAAGAUAAAUUUCUACAUUUUUAUUAUAUAUUAAUCAGUAUAUGUCAGAACUUUAACAAAUAUUAGUUUAAAAAUAGUAAAAGAUUCAGAAUGUUCUAAUAUUAUGAAAUAUCCAACAAUUAAUCUUAUCAUGCCUAAAAUAUAACACAUUCACUUACUAGUGCAAGAAUCUGAGGAUAUCAAAGGAAACAAAAAUCAUAUCUUUCUAAUAAAUGCAAAGUCUUCAUUACAAUCCACAAUGCAACACAACUUAUUGUUAUUAUAUAUAAUCCUUAAUAACACACUAUUAUUUACAACACAACUAUUGUAUAUCAUUUAGUCCAAUAGUCAUAUAUCUUUGUGUGCUAACUCAUGGCAGGUACUGAUCUAUAUCCAGAUGCCCCGUUCGACCCAAAGAGCGAAAGGAACAUCUUCAUUACGUUGACAGAAUCAGAGAUAGGUUUAAGUAAUACGAUAACGAUGUCGAAAGAGUUACUAGAAGCAAAUGUAUUUAUUUAUCUUCCUAGCAAGGAUGUCACAGGAUUGAUACAACACAACGAGGCAAUUCUUAUGGAUGUUUUUGAUUAUGAUACUAAGAUUACAACUACUCAUAUCAUAAGAAAAGAUGGAGAUAAAGAUUUCAAAUUUCAUGGAUGGAAUACGGUACUCCAAGGAAAACAUUUCAGGACAGGUGAUACUAUUGUGUUUUGGUGGGAUGUCUUUCACUUAAGACUUAAUUUCAAGCAAUUCAUGUUUUCUUUUGUAUAAAUACAUUCCUAUUCGCUGCUUCAUUUAAUGUUGUUGUUUUCUAUUUGAAUUAUGUUUCCAAAGCUCAUGUUGUAAUUCAAAAGUUAUAAAUAAAGCCAUUUAGCCUUAAGAUGAUAUUUCUAAUCUAAUUAAGGUAGAGAGUGGAGAGUGGAAACAACCGUCUUUUGUUGUUCACAUGAAUGCAGAGUUACCGAUUUGGUUUGCGGAGUCUUCAUGAAUUUGUUUAUGUUGAUGAAAAAAAACAAUAAUAAUAAAAAGGUGUUAAAAAAUUUGUGCUUUCGUAAAGAGAGCUAAAUAAAUCCCAAUUAAAACAAAAAUAUAUUUGACAUUUUAUCCAUCAAAAUAUGUAUUUAGUAUUUAUGAGAAAAGAAAAGGUAAAUCAAAGUUUUGAAAUAUAAACAAUUGUAUAAAAAAUUUAAGUGAAACAAUUGUAUCAAUUUGUGAGUUUGUACUAAUAAGUGACAUUGCCUGUUAAGAUUUUGGAUCCUGGAAAAUCCCCUAUAUAUUAAUUGAGGAUCAUUAAAAAAGUUGUAAUCUUAAGUUUGUACUAAUUAAAAAGUUAGGUUACGUGGCAACUUAAGAAUCAAUUGAAAAAUAUUGGUCUACAUCCAAUUACUAGAGGACAUUAUAUUAACCCAAAAUAUAAAAAAAAGUGUAUUCUUUCUUUCAAUAAAAGCUAUGAAACUUUCUAAUAUGAUUAACAUAUAUAUCGCAAUUAAUGACUAUAAAUAAUAAAUAGUUGAUAAAAAAAAUUGCGACAACGACGCUGGUCUAUGCAGCAGUGAAUGGAUUUACUCUUGGUCUCCCAAAUUUCACUCAUUUGUCACACCGUAAUCACAGUUUGAGACUCAUGGCGAUGUUAUUGGAUUUUUGGUUGUACAAAAUUUAGGUAAUUUAAUUCGAACUUAUUUUGCUUGGCUGAUUGAAGGAUCUUAGCAACCUCAUUUCUCGAACAUGUAUAAACUAUAUAUUAACUAUACUAAGUAGAUUAAAAAGGUCAAACCUAAAACCCACAUAUAUAACUAAAAACGUCAAACCUCAAACCAAUUAGUGAUAAGUUGAUUAACAAAUUUUUUAUAUAUAUUUUAAGAAUACCAAGUUGAUUGUAUUAGUUAGGAAAACUUCAAACCCCGGAAAUUGAAUUACAAAAAUUGAACUUUGGUUUUGUUUUGUGUUACUAAAUAAUCUAAAUCAAAUAAAUAAGAGAUUCCUUGGUAGAUUAUUUACCAUUAAUAAUGUUUAUAAAUUAUGAAAAAAAAUUAAAAUUUUAUUUAUUAAUUAUUGAAAUAUUCACUAGGAGAUGAAUAACUAAGUGUUAUAAAGGGCACAUGUUCAACAUAUAGAAGCCAACGUGGAAGAAAGCUGGAGAAAGUUGACAGUUUUAGUGAUUAUAUGUGUAGAUAUAUAAAUAGCUUUGAUAUUCUUAAGAUAAAUUUCUACAUUUUUAUUAUAUAUUAAUCAGUAUAUGUCAGAACUUUAACAAAUAUUAGUUUAAAAAUAGUAAAAGAUUCAGAAUGUUCUAAUAUUAUGAAAUAUCCAACAAUUAAUCUUAUCAUGCCUAAAAUAUAACACAUUCACUUACUAGUGCAAGAAUCUGAGGAUAUCAAAGGAAACAAAAAUCAUAUCUUUCUAAUAAAUGCAAAGUCUUCAUUACAAUCCACAAUGCAACACAACUUAUUGUUAUUAUAUAUAAUCCUUAAUAACACACUAUUAUUUACAACACAACUAUUGUAUAUCAUUUAGUCCAAUAGUCAUAUAUCUUUGUGUGCUAACUCAUGGCAGGUACUGAUCUAUAUCCAGAUGCCCCGUUCGACCCAAAGAGCGAAAGGAACAUCUUCAUUACGUUGACAGAAUCAGAGAUAGGUUUAAGUAAUACGAUAACGAUGUCGAAAGAGUUACUAGAAGCAAAUGUAUUUAUUUAUCUUCCUAGCAAGGAUGUCACAGGAUUGAUACAACACAACGAGGCAAUUCUUAUGGAUGUUUUUGAUUAUGAUACUAAGAUUACAACUACUCAUAUCAUAAGAAAAGAUGGAGAUAAAGAUUUCAAAUUUCAUGGAUGGAAUACGGUACUCCAAGGAAAACAUUUCAGGACAGGUGAUACUAUUGUGUUUUGGUGGGAUGUCUUUCACUUAAGACUUAAUUUCAAGCAAUUCAUGUUUUCUUUUGUAUAAAUACAUUCCUAUUCGCUGCUUCAUUUAAUGUUGUUGUUUUCUAUUUGAAUUAUGUUUCCAAAGCUCAUGUUGUAAUUCAAAAGUUAUAAAUAAAGCCAUUUAGCCUUAAGAUGAUAUUUCUAAUCUAAUUAAGGUAGAGAGUGGAGAGUGGAAACAACCGUCUUUUGUUGUUCACAUGAAUGCAGAGUUACCGAUUUGGUUUGCGGAGUCUUCAUGAAUUUGUUUAUGUUGAUGAAAAAAAACAAUAAUAAUAAAAAGGUGUUAAAAAAUUUGUGCUUUCGUAAAGAGAGCUAAAUAAAUCCCAAUUAAAACAAAAAUAUAUUUGACAUUUUAUCCAUCAAAAUAUGUAUUUAGUAUUUAUGAGAAAAGAAAAGGUAAAUCAAAGUUUUGAAAUAUAAACAAUUGUAUAAAAAAUUUAAGUGAAACAAUUGUAUCAAUUUGUGAGUUUGUACUAAUAAGUGACAUUGCCUGUUAAGAUUUUGGAUCCUGGAAAAUCCCCUAUAUAUUAAUUGAGGAUCAUUAAAAAAGUUGUAAUCUUAAGUUUGUACUAAUUAAAAAGUUAGGUUACGUGGCAACUUAAGAAUCAAUUGAAAAAUAUUGGUCUACAUCCAAUUAUAGAGGACAUUAUAUUAACCCAAAAUAUAAAAAAAAGUGUAUUCUUUCUUUCAAUAAAAGCUAUGAAACUUUCUAAUAUGAUUAACAUAUAUAUCGCAAUUAAUGACUAUAAAUAAUAAAUAGUUGAUAAAAAAAAUUGCGACGACGACGCUGGUCUAUGCAGCAGUGAAUGGAUUUACUCUUGGUCUCCCAAAUUUCACUCAUUUGUCACACCGUAAUCACAGUUUGAGACUCAUGGCGAUGUUAUUGGAUUUUUGGUUGUACAAAAUUUAGGUAAUUUAAUUCGAACUUAUUUUGCUUGGCUGAUUGAAGGAUCUUAGCAACCUCAUUUCUCGAACAUGUAUAAACUAUAUAUUAACUAUACUAAGUAGAUUAAAAAGGUCAAACCUAAAACCCACAUAUAUAACUAAAAACGUCAAACCUCAAACCAAUUAGUGAUAAGUUGAUUAACAAAUUUUUUAUAUAUAUUUUAAGAAUACCAAGUUGAUUGUAUUAGUUAGGAAAACUUCAAACCCCGGAAAUUGAAUUACAAAAAUUGAACUUUGGUUUUGUUUUGUGUUACUAAAUAAUCUAAAUCAAAUAAAUAAGAGAUUCCUUGGUAGAUUAUUUACCAUUAAUAAUGUUUAUAAAUUAUGAAAAAAAAUUAAAAUUUUAUUUAUUAAUUAUUGAAAUAUUCACUAGGAGAUGAAUAACUAAGUGUUAUAAAGGGCACAUGUUCAACAUAUAGAAGCCAACGUGGAAGAAAGCUGGAGAAAGUUGACAGUUUUAGUGAUUAUAUGUGUAGAUAUAUAAAUAGCUUUGAUAUUCUUAAGAUAAAUUUCUACAUUUUUAUUAUAUAUUAAUCAGUAUAUGUCAGAACUUUAACAAAUAUUAGUUUAAAAAUAGUAAAAGAUUCAGAAUGUUAUAAUAUUAUGAAAUAUCCAACAAUUAAUCUUAUCAUGCCUAAAAUAUAACACAUUCACUUACUAGUGCAAGAAUCUGAGGAUAUCAAAGGAAACAAAAAUCAUAUCUUUCUAAUAAAUGCAAAGUCUUCAUUACAAUCCACAAUGCAACACAACUUAUUGUUAUUAUAUAUAAUCCUUAAUAACACACUAUUAUUUACAACACAACUAUUGUAUAUCAUUUAGUCCAAUAGUCAUAUAUCUUUGUGUGCUAACUCAUGGCAGGUACUGAUCUAUAUCCAGAUGCCCCGUUCGACCCAAAGAGCGAAAGGAACAUCUUCAUUACGUUGACAGAAUCAGAGAUAGGUUUAAGUAAUACGAUAACGAUGUCGAAAGAGUUACUAGAAGCAAAUGUAUUUAUUUAUCUUCCUAGCAAGGAUGUCACAGGAUUGAUACAACACAACGAGGCAAUUCUUAUGGAUGUUUUUGAUUAUGAUACUAAGAUUACAACUACUCAUAUCAUAAGAAAAGAUGGAGAUAAAGAUUUCAAAUUUCAUGGAUGGAAUACGGUACUCCAAGGAAAACAUUUCAGGACAGGCGAUACUAUUGUGUUUUGGUGGGAUGUCUUUCACUUAAGACUUAAUUUCAAGCAAUUCAUGUUUUCUUUUGUAUAAAUACAUUCCUAUUCGCUGCUUCAUUUAAUGUUGUUGUUUUCUAUUUGAAUUAUGUUUCCAAAGCUCAUGUUGUAAUUCAAAAGUUAUAAAUAAAGCCAUUUAGCCUUAAGAUGAUAUUUCUAAUCUAAUUAAGGUAGAGAGUGGAGAGUGGAAGCAACAGUCUUUUGUUGUUCACAUGGAUGCAGAGUUACCGAUUUGGUUUGCAGAGUCUUCAUGAAUUUGUUUAUGUUGAUGAAAAAAAAACAAUAAUAAUAAAAAAGUGUUAAAAUUUUGUGCUUUCGUAAAGAGAGCUAAAUAAAUCCCAAUUAAAACAAAAAUAUAUAUGACAUUUUAUCCAUCAAAAUAUGUAUUUAGUAUUUAUGAGAAAAGAAAAGGUAAAUUAAAGUUUUGAAAUAUAAACAAUUGUAUAAAAAAUUUAAGUGAAACAAUUGUAUCAAUUUGUGAGUUUGUACUAAUAAGUGACAUUGCCUGUUAAGAUUUUGGAUCCUGAAAAAUCCCCUAUAUAUUAAUUGAGGAUCAUUAAAAAAGUUGUAAUCUUAAGUUUGUACUAAUUAAAAAGUUAGGUUACGUGGCAGCUUAAGAAUAAAUUAAAAAAUAUUGGUCUAAAUCCAAUUAUUAGAGGACAUUAUACUAAUCCAAAAUAUAAAAAAAAGUGUAUUCUUUCUUUCAAUAAAAGCUAUGAAAUUUUCUAAUAUGAUUAACAUAUAUAUCAAAAUUAAUGACUAUAAAUAAUAAAUAUUUGAUAAAAAAAAAAUUGCGACGACGACGCUGGUCUAUGCAGCAGUGAAUGGAUUUACUCUUGGUCCCCCAAAUUUCACUCAUUUGUCACACCGUAAUCACAGAUUGAGACUCAUGGCGAUGUUAUUGGAUUUUUGGUUGUACAAAAUUUAGGUAAUUUAAUUCGAACUUAUUUUGCUUGGCUGAUUGAAGGAUCUUAGCAACCUCAUUUCUCGAACAUGUAUAAACUAUAUAUUAACUAUACAAAGUAGAUUAAAAAGGUCAAACCUAAAACCCACAUAUAUAACUAAAAACGUCAAACCUCAAACCAAUUAGUGAUAAGUUGAUUAACAAAUUUUUUAUAUAUAUUUUAAGAAUACCAAGUUGAUUGUAUUAGUUAGGAAAACUUCAAACCCCGGAAAUUGAAUUACAAAAAUUGAACUUUGGUUUUGUUUUGUGUUACUAAAUAAUCUAAAUCAAAUAAAAAAGAGAUUCCUUGGUAGAUUAUUUACCAUUAAUAAUGUUUAUAAAUUAUGAAAAAAAUUAAAAUUUUAUUUAUUAAUUAUUGAAAUAUUCACUAGGAGAUGAAUAACUAACUAUUAUAAAGGUCACAUGUUCAACAUAUAGAAGCCAACGUGGAAGAAAGCAGGAGAAAGUUGACAGUUUUAGUGAUUAUAUGUGUAGAUAUAUAAAUAGCUUUGAUAUUCUUAAGAUAAAUUUCUACAUUUUUAUUAUAUAUUAAUCAGUAUAUGUCAGUUUUUUAACAAAUAUUAGUUUAAAAAUAGUAAAAGAUUCAGAAUGUUAUAAUAUUAUGAAAUAUCCAACAAUUAAUCUUAUCAUGCCUAAAAUAUAACACAUUCACUUACUAGUGCAAGAAUCUGAGGAUAUCAAUGGAAACAAAAAUCAUAUCUUUCUAAUAAAUGCAAAGUCUUCAUUACAAUCCACAAUGCAACACAACUUAUUGUUAUUAUAUAUAAUCCUUAAUAACACACUAUUAUUUACAACACAACUAUUGUAUAUCAUUUAGUCCAAUAGUCAUAUAUCUUUGUGUGCUAACUCAUGGCAGGUACUGAUCUAUAUCCAGAUGCCCCGUUCGACCCAAAGAGGGAAAGGAACAUCUUCAUUACGUUGACAGAAUCAGAGAUAGGUUUAAGUAAUACGAUAACGAUGUCGAAAGAGUUACUAGAAGCAAAUGUAUUUAUUUAUCUUCCUAGCAAGGAUGUCACAGGAUUGAUACAACACAACGAGGCAAUUCUUAUGGAUGUUUUUGAUUAUGAUACUAAGAUUACAACUACUCAUAUCAUAAGAAAAGAUGGAGAUAAAGAUUUCAAAUUUCAUGGAUGGAAUACGGUACUCCAAGGAAAACAUUUCAGGACAGGUGAUACUAUUGUGUUUUGGUGGGAUGUCUUUCACUUAAGACUUAAUUUCAAGCAAUUCAUGUUUUCUUUUGUAUAAAUACAUUCCUAUUCGCUGCUUCAUUUAAUGUUGUUGUUUUCUAUUUGAAUUAUGUUUCCAAAGCUCAUGUUGUAAUUCAAAAGUUAUAAAUAAAGCCAUUUAGCCUUAAGAUGAUAUUUCUAAUCUAAUUAAGGUAGAGAGUGGAGAGUGGAAACAACCGUCUUUUGUUGUUCACAUGAAUGCAGAGUUACCGAUUUGGUUUGCGGAGUCUUCAUGAAUUUGUUUAUGUUGAUGAAAAAAAACAAUAAUAAUAAAAAGGUGUUAAAAAUUUGUGCUUUCGUAAAGAGAGCUAAAUAAAUCCCAAUUAAAACAAAAAUAUAUUUGACAUUUUAUCCAUCAAAAUAUGUAUUUAGUAUUUAUGAGAAAAGAAAAGGUAAAUCAAAGUUUUGAAAUAUAAACAAUUGUAUAAAAAAUUUAAGUGAAACAAUUGUAUCAAUUUGUGAGUUUGUACUAAUAAGUGACAUUGCCUGUUAAGAUUUUGGAUCCUGGAAAAUCCCCUAUAUAUUAAUUGAGGAUCAUUAAAAAAGUUAUAAUCUUAAGUUUGUACUACUUAAAAAGUUAGGUUACGUGGCAGUUUAAGAAUCAAUUGAAAAAUAUUGGUCUAAAUCCAAUUAUUAGAGGACACUAUAUUAACCCAAAAUAUAAAAAAAAGUGUAUUCUUUCUUUCAAUAAAAGCUAUGAAAUUUUCUAAUAUGAUUAACAUAUAUAUAUCGCAAUUAAUGACUAUAAAUAAUAAAUAUUUGAUAAAAAAAAAUUGCGACGACGACGCUGGUCUAUGCAGCAGUGGAUGGAUUUACUCUUGGUCCCUCAAAUUUCACUCAUUUGUCACACCGUAAUCACAGAUUGGGACUCAUGGCGAUGUUAUUGGAUUUUUGGUUGUACAAUAUUUAGGUAAUUUAAUUCAAACUUAUUUUGCUUGGCUGAUUGAAGGAUCUUAGCAACCUCAUUUCUCGAACAUGUAUAAACUAUAUAUUAACUAUACUAAGUAGAUUAAAAAGGUCAAACCUAAAACUCACAUAUAUAACUAAAAACGUCAAACCUCAAACCAAUUAGUGAUAAGUUGAUUAACAAAUUUUUUAUAUAUAUUUUAAGAAUACCAAGUUGAUUGUAUUAGUUAGGAAAACUUCAAACCCCGGAAAUUGAAUUACAAAAAUUGAACUUUGGCUUUUUUUUUGUGUUAUUAAAUAAUCUAAAUCAAAUAAAUAAGAGAUUCUUUGGUAGAUUAUUUACCAUUAAUAAUGUUUAUAAAUUAUGAAAAAAAAUUAAAAUUUUAUUUAUUAAUUAUUGAAAUAUUCACUAGGAGAUGAAUAACUAACUGUUAUAAAGGAAACAUGUUCAACAUAUAGAAGCCAACGUGGAAGAAAGGUGGAGAAAGUUGACAGUUUUAGUGAUUAUAUGUGUAGAUAUAUAAAUAGCUUUGAUAUUCUUAAGAUAAAUUUCUACAUUUUUAUUAUAUAUUAAUCAGUAUAUGUCAGAACUUUAACAAAUAUUAGUUUAAAAAUAGUAAAAGAUUCAGAAUGUUAUAAUAUUAUGAAAUAUCCAACAAUUAAUCUUAUCAUGCCUAAAAUAUAACACAUUCACUUACUAGUGAAAGAAUCUGAGGAUAUCAAUGGAAACAAAAAUCAUAUCUUUCUAAUAAAUGCAAAGUCUUUAUUACAAUCCACAAUGCAACACAACUUAUUGUUAUUAUAUAUAAUCCUUAAUAACACACUAUUAUUUACAACACAAAUAUUGUAUAUCAUUUAGUCCAAUAGUCAUAUAUCUUUGUGUGCUAACUCAUGGCAGGUACUGAUCUAUAUCCAGAUGCGCCGUUCGACCCAAAGAGCGAAAGGAACAUUUUCAUUACGUUGACAGAAUCAGAGAUAGGUUUAAGUAAUACGAUAACGAUGUCGAAAGAGUUACUAGAAGCAAACGUAUUUAUUUAUCUUCCUAGCAAGGAUGUCACAGGAUUGAUACAACACAACGAGGCAAUUCUUAUGGAUGUUUUUGAUUAUGAUACUAAGAUUACAACUACUCAUAUCAUAAGAAAAGAUGGAGAUAAAGAUUUCAAAUUUCAUGGAUGGAAUACUGUACUCCAAGGAAAACAUUUCAGGACAGACGAUACUAUUGUGUUUUGGUGGGAUGUCUUUCACUUAAGACUUAAUUUCAAGCAAUUCAUGUUUUCUUUUGUAUAAAUACAUUCCUAUUCGCUGCUUCAUUUAAUGUUGUUGUUUUCUAUUUGAAUUAUGUUUCCAAAGCUCAUGUUGUAAUUCAAAAGUUAUAAAUAAAGCCAUUUAGCCUUAAGAUGAUAUUUCUAAUCUAAUUAAGGUAGAGAGUGGAGAGUGGAAACAACCGUCUUUUGUUGUUCACAUGGAUGCAGAGUUACCGAUUUGGUUUGCAGAGUCUUCAUGAAUUUGUUUAUGUUGAUGAAAAAAAAACAAUAAUAAUAAAAAAGUGUUAAAAAUUUGUGCUUUCGUAAAGAGAGCUAAAUAAAUCCCAAUUAAAACAAAAAUAUAUUUGACAUUUUAUCCAUCAAAAUAUGUAUUUAGUAUUUAUGAGAAAAGAAAAGGUAAAUCAAAGUUUUGAAAUAUAAACAAUUGUAUAAAAAAUUUAAGUGAAACAAUUGUAUCAAUUUGUGAGUUUGUACUAAUAAGUGACAUUGCCUGUUAAGAUUUUGGAUCCUGGAAAAUCCCCUAUAUAUUAAUUGAGGAUCAUUAAAAAAGUUGUAAUCUUAAGUUUGUACUAAUUAAAAAGUUAGGUUACGUGGCAGCUUAAGAAUCAAUUGAAAAAUAUUGGUCUAAAUCCAAUUAUUAGAGGACACUAUAUUAACCCAAAAUAUAAAAAAAAGUGUAUUCUUUCUUUCAUUAAAAGCUAUGAAAUUUUCUAAUAUGAUUAACAUAUAUAUCGCAAUUAAUGACUAUAAAUAAUAAAUAUUUGAU